AUGAUAAAUGGCGAGUCACAUACUGUAAGUUGUAGAAAUACUUGUAAAAAUGGAGAAAAUAAAAAAUCAGUAAAUAAUGAUAACUGUUCAGAAAAAAAUGAAGACAAACAUAAAAAAAAUCAUGAUAAUAAUACAGAAAAGAGAGAAAAAGAAUCGUAUGAAAAUUCAAUAUUAAAAGCAACACUAUUUUUUAUUUUGUUGGCUCAUACAAUUAUAAUUUAUAUACUGAUAAGAAUAAAAAAAAUAAAAAAUAUAAAUUGUAAAUUAAAAGAUAAAACUAUUAUAUUUAUAUCAGAAAUAGUAAAAUUUAUAAUAUCAUGUUUUUUUUAUUCAAAAGAAAAUCAAUUUAAUAUAAAAAUAAUAAAAAAUAAUUUAGUUAAUAUAAUUGUAAAUAAAAAACUAUAUCUUAUAUAUUUAAUGUUACCAAGUAUAUUAUAUUAUAUACAAAAUAUUCUUUUUUAUAUUUCGGUAUCAAAUCUUCCUAUUCCUUUAUUUCAGUUAUUACAUCAAUUCAGAAUAUUUGUAGUUUUAAUAUUUACAUUUUUAAUUUUAAAAAAAAAAAUAAAAAGGGAAAAAAUUUUAUCAAUACUAUUUCUAUUUUUAUCAUUGAUAUCCCUCAAGGAUUAUGGCAUAAAUUUUACCAACUACUUUAUAAGACAAAAUUAUAAUGCCACAAAACAUAUUGAUAUAUUUAAUAUUCCAACAAAUCAUCAUAAUAUAACAAAAUAUAAAUUAUUAAAUCAGUUUAAUGUAUUAUUAUUUUAUUAUAUUCUUGAAAAAAAAACAUUGAAUAAACAUGUCUUAAAAUUACCUAUAUUAUUAUUAUUACAAAAGCAUGAAAAAAAAAAAUUUAAAAAACUAUACAGUGAAACGCAUUCCCAAAAUGAUUUCCAACGUCAUAAUAAUCAAUAUUAUAUCAAACAACUUUUGCAAAAUAACAAAAAUAAAGACAAAACUAGUGAAACAAAAACAUCUAUGUUAAAACAGUUUAAUAUCAACACUGAUGUAAUAAAAAAUAUGAAUAAUAAUAUAAUAGUAGGAAUUAUUUCGACAUUUUUAAUAACAUUUAUUAGUGGGUUCUCUAGUGUGUUUUUAGAAUAUGUAUAUAUCAAUUAUAAACAUUCUUUUUGGCUACAAAAUUUAUUUUUAUCUUUCUUUACAAUAAUAAUAAGUUUAUUAACAAAAAAUUUAACCAUAUAUUUUGAUAUCACAAAAUCACAAAAAAAAGACGAAACCGUUAAACUGCAAAAGAGCAAUCGAGGUGAUCACGAAAAGAGAAAUGAACAGAAUAUUAAAUCACUUACAUAUAUCCCUUUGGAAAAAACAAAUUACCAUAUUAUUAAUAAAAUAAUUUACUAUUUUUAUAAAUAUUUUAAUUCAUUUACCGAAUUUAUUUAUGUUUCUAUCCUCAUAUUUUUAAAUGGUAUAGGAGGAAUCAUAACAUCUGUAUAUAUAAUAUACGCUGGAAGUUUUUCAAAAUUUUUUAUUACACCAAUUAGUUUGGUAUUCAAUAUUUAUAUAUCUUCUAUAUAUUUUAAAGAUUUUGAAUUUACUGUUAAUUAUUUGGUUUCUUUAGUAUUUGUAUUUUUUUCUUUGUAUCUUUUUUUUAAAGACAGUUUAAAACCAGUAGUUAAUAAACCCAAAUAA